CUUGGAAAUGUCCCAAGUAUACUGAUUACAUGUUUGCAAGAAUUUUUCGGGGACGAUGACGUAUUCAUCGCGUGCGGCCCUGAGAAGUACCGUUAUGCGCAGGACGAUUUUGUGUUGGAUCACAGUGAAUGUCAGGUCCUCAAGUCGUCCUAUUCUCCUCAUUCUGCUCCCCCUGUGAGAUACUCUGGUAGUAAAAGUCCAGGACCCACCCGCCGCAGCAAAUCCCCUGGAUCUGUGAGAAGAACAGCAGGACACUUCUCUGCAAAUAGUCAGUCUCCAGUCAAAUCACCAAUAAAUGGAGUGCCGAACAGCCAAAUCACUACCCCCAAAUCUGCAAAAUCCUCCAGUUCCUCCCCGACCAGCCCCCGCAGCAUGCGCAACUUCAAGUUUAGUUGCAACAAGCGGAUGGGAGUCCCCCUCUGUCUCUCUGUACAGAUUCCAGCACAUCACUCCUCUGCAACCAAUGUGAACGGCUCCUCUGAGACUCCCCAACAACAUAACAACAGUGUGAGCCCUGAAGUUAAUGGAAACAGGAACCUUGCUGCUUCCACUAUUUUGGAUAAGUACAAAAUUGGCAAAGUUAUAGGUGACGGGAACUUUGCUGUGGUAAAGGAGUGUGUCGAACGAUCCACUGGAAAGGAGUUUGCACUGAAGAUCAUCGAUAAAAACAAAUGCAGAGGCAAAGAGCACCUGAUCGAGAGUGAGGUGGCAGUGUUGAGGUGUGUUAAGCAUCCUAAUAUCAUCAUGCUGAUUGAGGAGGUGGAUACGCCCACUGAGCUCUAUCUAGUCAUGGAACUUGUGAAGGGUGGAGAUCUGUUUGAUGCAAUCACCUCCUCGACAAAAUACACUGAAAGAGAUGCUAGUUUAAUGGUAUUCAACCUGGCGGCGGCUGUCAAAUAUCUGCACAGAAUGUGUAUCGUCCAUCGAGACAUCAAACCUGAGAAUCUGCUGGUGUGCGAGUACCCUAAUGGUAUAAAGUCAUUAAAGUUGGGUGAUUUUGGCUUAGCCACAGUGGUUGAAGGGCCGCUUUACACUGUUUGUGGAACACCUACUUAUGUUGCCCCAGAAAUCAUAACAGAGUCAGGAUAUGGGCUAAAAGUGGACAUCUGGGCAGCUGGAGUAAUUACCUACAUCCUCCUAUGUGGCUUUCCACCUUUCUGCAGUGAGAAUAACCUCCAGGAGGACCUAUUUGAUCAGAUUCUAGUGGGGCGUUUAGAGUUCCCAUCACCCUUCUGGGACAAUAUCACAGAUUCUGCUAAAGAGUUGAUUGGUCACAUGCUGCAGGUGAAUGUAGAGGCCAGAUACACAGCAGAGGAUGUUCUGUCUCACCCCUGGGUCACGGUAAAUGAGGAUUCUGCGAUGGAAAACAAUAUGAAGAUGGAGGUAGCAGGUAAACUCAAAAAGCACUUUAACUCUGUGCAGAAACAGAGCAACAUUUCCCCUGGAGUCUCUGUUAUUGUGAACACAGCUCUAGAUAAGGAAACCAUCCAGCUUUCUCGCCGGCGUCAGGACCGCAGCCCCCCUCCUCCAGGAAAGAGCCCUUCCUCCACCCACCCAGAGAGACGACGCUCCCAUAGGGGACGCUCAUCUGUCCAAUCGGAGGACUCUAGGAGUGCUGCUCCCAUUGAGCCUUUAGCCUCAACAACCCCCAAUGCACCAUCAGCACCUCUGCCCUCCCUUCACUCUGCCCAACCUCCCCACUUCCCAGAAUGCAGUGCUGAGGCUGAGGUCAGCAAGGGCCUGCAGAAGAAAGAAUAAUACUACUUAGGAAAACAAUAUGGAGACAAUUUCAAAUAUAAAUGCAUAAAUACAUAAAUAGCAACUCUGCGAAUCUUUGAAACUUCAAACUAGCUAAAAGGCUAGAAUACACUACACGACUUUUGCCCCGAUUUGUACAGUCUGGACGAGUACAUUGUCCAAAGUAAGAGCCAGUCUGCAGAUUUCACAAAAAAAAUUGUGUAUGUUGAGCAGCACAGACUACAAUGUCUUUAGUUACAGAUUAUGAUUCCACCAGUUAAGAGAAUAUCAAACGUUGAUAUUUGAGACGAUUAUAGAACACAUACAGUAUAUUUGUGUGUCUCCUUGCAAUGAGGUGAGUUUGUUCUGAGUGAGUUUCUUGUGUUUGGAAAGGCUUGAAAGCAGAGUUGCCAGGUCUGCGAAACAAAACUAUACCAGUGAUUAAUCAAAAAUGGGCCAAAACUAGCCCAAUAACCCUAUCCCAAAUAUCAAAACUUAAAAUAUGCCUAAACUAAAUUUUUUACAGUUACUGU